AUGAAUGAUUAUUUAGUUUCAGUAGUGAAAAAAAGACAUCGAGUUGGUCGUGGACCGGGCUCAGGUCAUGGCAAGACUUGUAAACGAGGUCAAAAAGGUCAAAAUUCACGUUUUGUGGGGAGAAAGUCCUUGAAAUUGAAAAAAAAAGCCCCGAGGCAAGAAAAAAUAAAUAUUGCGAUUGACGGACCGGCCGCUUCCGGAAAAACGACCGUAGGCAAAGAGUUGGCUCGUCGUUUGAAUUAUCAGUUUUUAGAUAGUGGUUUGUUGUAUCGUCAUUUUGCUUACUUCUGGCAAGAAUUUUGGGAAAAAAGCGGUCGCGACCAGGAUUACAAGAGUAGGAUAAAUGAGGAAGAGAUAAACGAAUUAAGCCGAUCAAAAAAUCUUAAAUUCGUCAGUCAUUGGAAAUUUGGCCUCACGAUUGGCUCCCUUUCCCGAACUGCGAAGAAUUACUCUCCGCUUUCAACGAAAUCUGACUCAGGAAGGAGGCGGGAAUUAUCAGAACGUGACGAGCGAGACAAAAAUCAAGAAAUUAAAAAAAAAGCCACUGAACUUUUAGAAAAAGAAUUAGAAAUUUUUGUGGGUAAAUUAGAAAGAAUUCGGAGUAAUCAAAUUUCUCUGGAAACGAUUAGAGGAUUAACUAUUAGUUAUCAGGGCGAGAAAAAGCCGCUAAAAACAAUAUCUAGUUUGCGUGUUUCCCCCAGCAACGAAUUAAUUAUUCGUGUUUUUGAGCCUCAACUAACUUCCCUAAUCGUUGAGCCAGUUAGAAAAAUGGGUUACAAGUUAGAAGGAAUUACCAAAAAUGAAGCUUAUUUUACUUUAUUAUCCAGCGGGGAAUCUCGAGAAAAACUUAUUCGGGAUGUCAAAAGCAUAACUGAGGAAGGGAAAGUGGCUUUCCGUCAAGUUCGCCAAGCCCUUCGGGAAAAGAUAUGGGGACUUAGCCCAAGGCAAAAGUGA